AUGGCCUACAAGCGAACAAACCCCAUCUUUUUUCUCGCCCUUGUGUUGCUGAUCGCAGGAGAUUUCGGGUCGCACAUCUUUGCAGAUGCUAAUUCUAUAGAAUGCAAUGUUUAUUGGGAAGGACCAGCAAGUUACAAUGGCAAUAAAAAUAAGUGCAUUACAGUUAAUGGCGAUGGAGUCAAAACCACUUAUAUUUGUACUGCGUGUUACAGGGGAGAUGGGAAACCAGCCUCUGCUAAGGACUGUGUUGGCCCCCAUCCAUUGAGCUCAAAAGGGGCAUUCACUUGCGAUGCCGCGAUGGACGAAAAUCCAACAACCUCGCCAAAGCGACCUAUUUUUUGCUUCCAUUACAACGCACAGCACGUACGGGAGACCUACCGUUGUGUAAGCCGGCAUUUAAACCAGCAAUGUCCUUCGGAACAAUGUAAGGUCCAAGGAACAUAA